GUCUCGACCACCAUCAUUCCGUUUUCAGCCAGGCAUUGUGGAGAGGUGGAUCGAAAUUUUAACACCGGCGGGAUAAAAAUAAACAGAUGGAGAAAAUGUAAAGCCCAACCUAGAACUGCACUUCUACAGAGGCACGUAGACUGUGGUCUCGCUCAAAUCAAAAGACUCAAAUUAACACCAGGCAUCUCUAAUUGCUUAAUUCGCCAAAGUCUUUAUCUUGCACAGCAGCUCAGCAGGCACAAGAUUAUGCACGUCGAGUCUACAGAGGCGCCUGCUUGCUUGUACAACAUUAGCAUCGUAUUUGGUCCCGGCACAUCCGAUACUGAGCAUCGUCUAUGA